GAAUAAAAAAAUCAUAUUAUAAUGUUAUAAACUGAAUAAUAGAAAGUCAUAACAUUUAAAAAAAUGAGGAGUUGUUAUUAUUUACGCAGCUAAUUCAAAAAACGUCGAUCAACAUUAUUAGCAAAUAAUAAAAUAGUUCGUGCUCAUAAUCGCAAUUCUAAGAAUUUUGUCUCGAGUUUUGUUUCGUAGAAAUAUUUGAUUGGUUAAAAAUUUUUGUAAACUUAUUAUUUCGGUUGUAAAAUUAAUUUGGUUGUGUAGAGUGCCUGAAAUAGUGUAUUAGAAGAGCAAGUUCAAACUAAAAAAAUUGAAUAAUGGAUGUUGAAAAACUUGCACAACUACUUGAAGGUUUAAACUUAUCUGAAACACCCCAAUUAAAGUGUAAAGAUUGCAACUGCUUUGUUUGUCAAGAAUGGUGUGCUAUAUGUAAAGAAGAUUGUCAGUGUAUGUCUGAAAAUUCUUUACCAGAUGACAGCUAUGUUCGUCAACCAGGAAUCUUUUUCAACAAUUACGAUACAUUGCAAGUAAAAAUAUCUGGACAAAACAUUGCAAAUUUACCUAGUCCAAUUACAGACUUUGAAUCUUUAAAAGAACUACCUUGUUCAAUAUUUAAUGACAAAUUAUUCUACAAAAAGCCAACACCUGUUCAAAAAAGUGCAAUCCCACUUAUGAUUGAAGGAUUAGAUCUUGUUGUUUGUGCACAAACAGGCUCAGGAAAAACGGCAGCUUUUUUAAUUCCAAUUAUUGCAAAAGUUCUAUCAAAACCUAAAGAUGCACAGGUUUUAUCAAAACCUUAUGCUCUUAUACUUACACCAACACGGGAACUUGCAAUUCAAAUACAUCGAGAUGCUGUGCGAUUGACAAAAGAAACUCACAUAAAAUGCUGUUGUGUAUAUGGUGGGAAAGAUAUUAGUAAAAACAUUUUCAAUAUAAAUGCUGGAUGUGAUAUAUUAAUUGGUACAUUGGGUAGAGUAGCGAUUAUCUUGAAAAAAUUUAAAAAUUUACUAUCAACGGUUCAAAUAUUUGUUUUGGAUGAAGGAGAUCAUAUGCUGGGGAGUAACUUUAUCGCGCACAUAAAAAAAAUAAAUAACAAAUAUUUGCCACCAAAAGAAAAAAGACAAACAGUUUUGUUUUGUGCUACACUUCCUGAUAACUUUUGUAUUGAUCCAAAAGUUAAAUGUGAUGUUGAUCAAAAAGUUGUUGAUAAUAUUGCAAAGAUUAAAACUGAGAAAGAUGAUACAGAUGAUAAAGAGGUUAAAGAUGCUGUAGAGCCUGAAAUUAAAAAAGCCAGUCACAAAAAUGCAAAGAUAAAAAAUAAUCAAACAAAUAUCAAUGAAACUCUUAAAAAACUUCUCAAAGAUGACUAUAUUUUUAUUUCUGUAGGAAGUAUUGAUGGAACUGUUAAUUUUAUUGAUCAGUCUUUUGUUAAAGUUCAAAAUGACACACCAAAGAUAAAAAUGCUUAUCGAUAUUUUAAUUAAAGAAUCAUUUGAAAAUAGAAAAACAGUGGUUUUUGUGGAAACAAAGAAAGAAACAAGAAAACUAGCAAAAUUUUUAUGUUGUUGUGGUUUUAAAGUCACUGUAUUUCAUAAAGACCGAUGUCAAAGAGACAGAGAAGAGGCGUUACAUCAAUUUAACACUGGUGUCAAACCAAUAAUGAUAUGCACAAGUGUGUCUGCAAGAGGUCUUGAUAUUAUUGAAGUCAAAACUGUCAUCAAUUAUGACUUGCCUCAAGAUAUAUCAACUUAUCUAUAUAGAAUUGGGAGAACAGGAAGAGCUGGUCAUGCUGGAAAAUCAAUAUCAUUUUUUGUUGAAAAUCGUGAUGAUCCUAUUGCAAGAGGAUUAGUAAAAAAUUUAUCAAUGUCGGAACAAGAAGUUCCUGAGUGGCUUGAAUGCAUUGCAGAAAAUGCAACUGGAACAGCUUAUGGAUCAAGGGUUGGAAAAUUUGCUUCAAAAGAUUCCAGGAAAGAGAUAUCAACAAUAAUUCUUGAAUGCGAUUUUUCACCUGCUAAUAAUGAAUGACUGAAGAUACUUCUACAUAUGUUUUUUAAAGAUUGGAUUCCAAAAAUUCUGACUUUUUUAAAAGGUUUAUUGACAUUUCUUUUGAAGUCGUUGGUACAACAAAGAAUCAAUCUUUUUGGUAAAACUGGUACGAUCGUACUUCGAAUACUUGUGUUACUUUAUAAUUAUUACUUGAUUCUUUUUAAAGAUUUAUUGAUAUAUCAUUUUAAAUUCAUCGUUUGAGAACCAACAUUUUUGGCAAAAUUUAUACGAUUGCACGUUAAGUACUAUAUUUCUUGUGUACAUCUUUCUUUUUUAUAAAAAUAUUUGUUUUGUUCUAAGAUAAACUUUUUUGAAAGAAUUGAUAGCAAUAAGAUAGCAUAACAAUA